AUGAAGUUAUUGAAAUUAUUUACACUUGCUAUCUUAGCAGUUGAAUCUAAUGCUUUAACUAUCACUCAACCACCGAAGGCCACGGAUGCGAUAGAGGCUACAGGGGCCACGGAGGCCACAGAGGCUCCAAGGCUAGCAAAGAGGGCCAGGGUGAAGGAAAAGAUCUAUGGUAAGGGAUACCAGGAGCAACAGGCUCAAAAAGAAGGAAAAGGUGAACCGAGUACAACAAAGAUUCCAAAGCCGUGGGCGAGAACAAUUACAUCGGUUUCAUCCACCAAGGUUGUGCUUGUUAAGCCAACAGUUAUUGCUGGUGUUACAUUUAGUACCCGUCCACCAAAGACGACCAAUGGAUUGGAAAAUUGGGUCAGUUUGCAGAAAGAUGGUUCACCUAAAACCAUAAAACCAGAACAUAAGGGUGGGCAAAUAAAGAAUGGAAAACCAGAUUAUGGAACAUGGUUCGGUACUGCGUCCAUAAUUCCAAUGGGGAAAGAUGACAUCAAAGCUGAAAAUAUGGAGGAAGACGAGGUCUAUGAGCAUCAUGAAUAUAUCGCCGAAGACCCAACGUACCAUGAAUUGAACCCUAUAAUUAGAUGUACGCCCGAUAGAUACUUCAAAAGGGGUAUGGGCAAACAUGUUAAUUCUGAACCUUUCUGUACGCCACAUGAGAACCAACAAUUGAAAAUGGACAAGACAUAUUUUAUUACGUGGUUUAGUAGGUAUUUUAAAGACGCCAAAAAAGUCAGGGUUCAUUUAUCGUUCCUUAAGGAAUCUGCUAGACAAAAGGGUUUGAAGCGUUCGCUCGAAGAUGAUUCGGAAAGUGAACAAAAUCUUACCAAAAGAUCAUCUCUUGAAAAAGGGGCUACUAUCAAAGAAUCUUCAUUUUUCUAUUCUGACUGGCUUGAUGUCGAAGAGGGAAUGUUCCCUGUCACAAUCUUGGAAGAAUGGUUUGGAAAAAAGGAUUGGUACAGGAAAGUCUUAAUUUCUCUUCAACCAGAUAAUGUUGAUGAUGAGGAAUUCGAUUACACCAAGGACGCUGUGAUAGUCGAGAUUAUUAAGGGUGCAGUGGUCAGUAAAGGCCAGUUCGCGGAUCUUAAGAAAUUAGAAGAAAAAUGGAAAAAUGACGGUAUGAAUGUCGAAUACGAAGACUCAUCUCCCUACGAAAAGUACUACAUCAUGAUGGCUGUUCCAUCCUGUGUUGCCCUUUUUGGUUUAGGUAUGUACAUCUUUGUCAUGAUCAACAAUAAGAAUAUUGAUUUAAGUCAUUUAAAGAAAAGACAGUCUGCCGGAAGAAAGACGACCCACAGAAGGAUUCCUUUCAAAAAGAAGACGACUCCGUACUCGGAAUUACCGCAGUAUAAGAACGAUGCUGUCACGAAGGCUGAUUAA